AUGGCCAAGGUUGCGCCCCUUUCACAGCCGAUGGCGGUGCCUGAUGGCGCGCUGCAGACAGACGAGCCAAACGUGGCGACGCACUGGCCGCUAAAGGCACCAAAGAUCAGAUACUGGGAUGGCUACACGACGACGAGUUCAUUGAAGGAGGACAUCCAACGCCAACAUCCUGGGCAUAUGCAUCCUGGCGGUGGUGCGUGGAGCGAGGCAUGCCGUCAGAUUGGGGCUCAGUGGUAUCUCGCCGAAGCCUUGACUCUUUUGCUUGGUGUUGGACUGUUUGUUGGCUGCAUUCCCGAAAGGUUCAGUCCUGGGUCCUUCGACGUCUGGGGCCAUUCACAUCAGCAAUUCCACGUUUGCAUGGUUCUUGGUGCGGCGUUCCACCAUGUCGCCCUCGUCCACGAAUACAGAUGCCGUCAGUCUCACCCGCGUUUGUUGAGUCGAGAGUGUCCAAACACCUAUUGCCAGUUCCGGCGCCCUUGGUCCUGA